AUGUUUCAUCCACAAGUGGAUAAAACACAAUCAGUGAAUCGACAAUACGAUCAUUCACAUAUUCAUCCACCAUCACAACCACCGCCACCACCACCACCACCGUCGCCGUAUCUCCCUCGUGAUCAUUCCAACCAAUACACUGCUACUAGCCUCGUCCAACGACCACCAAACCCGACCGUCACCUGCAACCGGACUUGUGGCCGUCUCAUCUUUAUUCUAGCAUUCACAAUCAUAAUCGCGCUCUCCGUGGUCUUCAUGAUCUAUUUCGUUCUCGUGGACUCCCAUAUCCUCGUCUUCCACGUCCGUCGUCUUGAAAUGUCGGGUUUGAAAAUGGAUUCGUCAACCGAUAUCCAAUGGAACACAUACGUAUCCGCCCGAAACCCGAACGUGCAUUUGAAUUUCUUGAUUGAAAAUGCCAACAUCAACCUACUCUACAAAAACAAAGCGUUGGCCAACGCAUACCAUGAUCAAUUCCAGCUAAUGAGCGAAGAAUCGAAAGAUAUUCAGGCGGAUUUCAAGGUAGCGAAUUUGUCGUCAGAGGAUGAUCUCGUGCACGAUAUGAUGUACGAAAUCGCAAACAACAUGGUUUUGCAAUUCGAUUUAGCGAUGUCGAUUCAAGCCACAUUUCGCUAUGAAAUCAUCAAUAAAGAUGUAACAAGAUAUGAAAUGGAAGUUGUAUGUAAAGAUUUAGAACUACAGUUCCCUCCUAAUUACACCACCAUGGGUGGUGGUGGUGGUGUCAUCCGGUCCGACGACCGCAUGUCCAAAAUUUGUUCUCUAGAAUUGAUGAAACAUUCAAUAGAGUGGGGGAUCCAGUAA